AUGUCGGUUCAUCCAGAUCUUCACCAGCACUAUGUGAGGGUCUGCCAAAACUUGGGCCAACCUGAAAACCCCUUCAUUGCUCAUGUACUUCAAGAAGCUGAUAAAAAUGAUAAAAUCAGAUGGACAAAUGAGAUCACAUUAAAAAUAGCUGGAAAUAAUCAUCUAGUGCCUGUGCAGAGAGUUACAGAUGACGAUCUUCAAGUUCUUGCCUCUGUCUUAUGCAAUACUGUAUUUGUCACAGGUUUGGAUCUUAGGUUUAAUGUAUUGACUGAUGCUGGAGCAAAGCACAUGGCAACAUUCCUCCAGGAAAACUCCACUCUGCGGUACCUUAACCUGAUGUUUAAUGAUAUUGGCACAAGUGGAGCAGAACUGAUAGCGAGAGCACUCCAUAGGAAUGAAACUCUUGUGUACUUGAGAAUGACUGGAAACAAAAUAGGAAACAAAGGUGGGAUGUUCUUUGCUGCGAUGCUACAAAUUAAUUCAACCCUAGAGAAGCUGGAUCUUGGAGACUGUGAUAUGGGUACGCAGUGUCUAAUAGCAAUAGCAACGGCCCUGGCUCAGAACAAAUCAGUGAAAGCAAUAAACCUAAAUCGUCCUUUCCUAUACAGCCAAGAGGAAGAGACCACAGUUCAUGUAGCUCUGAUGUUGAAAAAUAACUCUUCCCUUGUGGAACUACAUUUGUGCAAGCAUGAAAUGAAAAACUUCGGUGUGGAGCGACUGUGUGAGGCGUUGUACGAAAACUCCAGCCUGAGAUACCUUGAUCUUAGCUGUAAUAAAAUAACCCGGGAUGGUGUAAAAUUUUUGGGACAACUACUAAAAUGGAACCAAACCCUGGAAAUCCUAGAUCUUAGUGCAAACCGAAUAGAAGAUGAUGGAGCUAUCUACCUGAGUGAAGCCUUGGCUUUGUACAACAGGACUCUUCAGGCGUUGUCAGUAGUAAGCAACAAUAUAAGUAGCAAAGGACUUGUAGCUCUUUCAGAUGCAAUGAAAACAAACAUGGAACUUUCCUACAUUUACAUUUGGGGGAACAAAUUUGAUGAAGCCACCUGCAUGGCAUUUUCAGAAUUAAUUCAGACGGGCCGCUUGAAACCUAACUGUACAGACGUGGAACCUUAUGAAGUGGAUGGGCAUGUUCACCUCGCAGAGCUCUCCCAUGGCCUUAAGAAGCACUACUACUGGACGCCGAGCUGUGGGGAGGAGACAAACAAGGACGCUAAUGCCAGUCUGGCAAUUGCAGCGGUUUCAGAAUACUUGUGAGUCAGGUCUCAAGAAGGAGAUGCCUGCCUAAAAAGAUUCCAUGCUUUCCCACAUUAAUUCCUUACAGAAAUCAUCAAUACUGUUAUAAACCUUGUCCCUCCAAAAUGAACUCAGAAUCCUUAAGCCUAGGAAUUAGAUGUGCAGCUGAUUUCCAUGCAUCUGUUGGCAAAAGGUACAGUACAGACCUGCUGCUUCAGGUCCUACAGCACCCAGCCUGAACACACCUACAAUUUUUUUUUUUUAUAUAUAUAUUCAAAAUCUAUAUUCUAGUAAAUGAAUACAGUUCAUAGAGGUCAUACCUCAGCAGCUGAGAUAUCUUCACGAAAGAUGAGGAUAAAAAUCAAGACUCUCAGAUGGGGACUCAAGAGUGUAGGUUGCUAAAUUAUUGCUCCAAGACAAAACUACAAGCCUGUGUGUUCUAUUAAGAAAGGUUAAAAUUGUUGUCUUGUAAAAAAUAAUGAUUAUCUUCUUGUCUAUAAAGAAAACUAAAUGACU